UGUGUCGGCGCGUCUACUCCUCGUGCACGCGCCCCCCCAUUCCAACACAGCUCGAGAGGAGCGCGCACACACCGACCGAACCUCCAAACGAGACCGGGAACUAAGUCCACCUUCUGCCCGGCAGUCACACGUCCCCUCCCGGGGUCGCGUCCAAAAAGGCACCGGGAGUCCCGUCAUUAACGCCACGUCGACCCAAACUUCCCCGGCGAGCGAGCACAAUUUCCGCGGUGAGUUCCCCCGAACGUCGACCAUGCUGGACCCGUCCUCCAGCGAAGACACCGGCGGGGAGUCGGAGCCGGAAGUGGCCCCGGAGCCGCCCGGGAAAGCCGCCGACUUUUCCGCGGCCAAGCGGGGAGCCGAGAGCCGAGCGGACGGCCAGCAGAGGCAGCCCGCCGCGGCCGGAGCUUCUUCCGGCCAAAGUGCUCCGCCGGGCGGCGAGGAGGAAGAGAGGCGAGAGCGGGAAAGAAUGCAACGAGAGGAAGAGGAUCACAAAGUCAAACUGCAGAUUUACGUCUUCGUCCUCCGCUGCAUCGCCUACCCUUUCAACGCCAAGCAGCCCACCGACAUGGCCCGGCGGCAGCAGAAGGUGAACAAGCAGCAGCUUCAGGCGAUGAAGGAACGUUUCCUGGCCUUCCUCAACGGAGAAACUCAGAUUGUCGCCGACGAAGCUUGCUGCAACGCGGUGAGGAGCUACUAUGAGGGCUUCCUGAAGAGCGAGCGCGUCUCCAAGAUGGUCCAGGGCGGCGGCUACUCGGCCGGCGACUUCCGCGAGGUGUUCAAGAAGAACAUCGAGCGCCGCGUGCGCGGCCUGCCGGAGAUCGACGGCCUGAGCAAGGAGACGGUGCUGACCUCGUGGAUCGCCAAGUACGACGCCAUCUACAGGGGCGACGAGGACAUGCGGCGCCAGCCCCAGCGGGCGCACAUGAGCGCCGUGUCAGGGCUUAUCCUCAGCAAGGAGCAGCUCUACGAGAUGUUCCAGCAGAUCCUCGGCGUCCGCAAGUUUGAGCACCAGCUGCUGUACAACGCCUGCCAGCUGGACAACGUGGACGAGCAGGCGGCUCAGAUCCGCAGAGAGCUGGACGGACGGCUGCAGCUGGUGGAGAAGAUCGCCAGGGAGAGGAGAUACCCCAAGUUCGUGUCCGCCGACAUGGAUGUCCUCUACGUGGAGGAGCUGCGGUCCUCCAUCAACCUGCUGAUGGGCAACCUGGAGAGUCUUCCCGUGGCCAAAGGAGGACCCGACUUCAAGCAGAAGCUCAAGCGCUCGUCCAUGAACAACUCCUUCUACGAACUGGGCGACGAAGCGGACGUGCUGUCCAAGUCGGACGUGUUGCUGUCCUUCACGCUGGAGGUGGUGAUCGUGGAGGUCGAGGGUCUGAAGUCGGUGGCUCCCAACAGGAUCGUGUACUGCACCAUGGAGGUGGAUGGCGGGGAGAAGCUGCAGACGGACCAGGCUGAGGCCUCCAGACCACAGUGGGCGACUCAGGGCGACUUCUGCACGAAUCAUCCUCUGCCCUCGGUCAAAGUCAAGCUCUUCAUGGAGAGCACGGGGGUCCUGGCUCUGGAGGACAAGGAGCUGGGCCGAGUGGUCCUCACCCCGACCACCAACGGCCCCAAGCAGGCCGAGUUCCACCGCAUGGUGGUCCCCAAGAACAGCCAGGACACGGAGCUGAAGAUCAAGCUGGCCGUGCGCAUGGACAAACCCCCCAACAUGAAGCACAGCGGGUAUUUGUACGCACUUGGACAUCGCGUGUGGAAGCGCUGGAAGAGAAGAUACUUUGUUUUGGUUCAGGUGAGCCAGUACACCUUCGCCAUGUGCAGCUACAGAGACAAGAAGGCGGAGCCUCAGGAGCUGAUGCAGCUGGAGGGCUACACGGUGGACUACUGCGACCCCCAGCCGAGCCUGCAGGGCGGGCACGUCUUCUUCAACGCCGUCAGAGAGGGCGAAUCGGUGGUGUACGCCUGCGACGACGAGCAGGACCGACUGCUGUGGGUCCAGGCCUUGUACCGCGCCACGGGACAGUCCUACAAGCCCACGCCCCCUCCCCUCAGCAAGACCGCCAAGGGUCGAGCAGGAAGCAAGAAAGCAGCGUCGCCGAUUAGUUUGGGUCCCUCGCAGCGUCAGGGCGUGGAGGAGCUGGUCGCCGCCUCGCCGUGUCGCUUCGACCACGCUCGCCUCUUCACCGUUCUACAGAAGCAAACUCUGCAGCACCGCAUGAACGACUCCUUCUCCUGCUUGGGCUGGUUCAGCCCAGGUCAGGUGUUCGUGCUGGACGAGUACUGCGCUCGUUACGGCGUGCGCGGCUGCCAUCGCCACCUGAGCUACCUGAGCGAGCUGAUGGCGUUGUCGGAGAACAACACGCUGGUGGACCCCACGCUGCUGCACUACAGCUACGCCUUCUGCGCCUCCCACGUGCACGGCAACAGACCUGAUGGCAUGGGCGCGGUGACGAUGGAGGAGAAGGAGACGUUUGAAGGCGUCAGAAGUCGACUGCUGCUUCUUCUGGAGAAGCAGAUUACACACUUUAGGUACUGCUUCCCCUUUGGAAGACCAGAUGGCGCCCUGAAGGCCACGCUGUCCCUGCAGGAGCGGGUCCUCAUGAAGGACAUCACCACAGCAGUUCCUCCAGAGGAGAUGAAGAAGCUGGUGCACAAGUGUCUGGAGAAAGCUGCCGGGAUCAAUUACGGCCAGCUGAUAGAAUACGCUCACAUGACAGUGGACGUGGAAGUGGACCCGGAGAAGAGACUGGAGGACGUGAUGCGAUUGGGAGAGUUGGUCAUUGAAGUCCUGCAGCAGAACGACGAGCAUCACUCUGAGGCGUUCUCGUGGUGGCCCGAGCUGAUGGCCGAGCACGCCGAGAGCUUCCUGUCCCUGUACCGGGCGGACGUGGACCCGGUCCUGCGGGCCCAGGCCCUGGACUCGUGGAACAGCUUCCCGCUCUUCCAGCUCCUCAACGGCUUCCUGAGGACCGAGCCCCACCUGUGCAACGGGCCCUUCCACAAACACCUGCAGGAGCUGUUUGUCCCCCUGGUGGUGCGCUACAUCGACCUGAUGGAGUCGUCCAUCGCGCAGUCCGUCCAUCGAGGCUUCGAGCACGAGACCUGGCAGUCGGUCAAGUCUCUCACUAACAACCUCGCCGGCGUCCCCCUCCUCAAAGUCCCCAGCCUCCCCCUGUCCCUUCCGUCCAUGCCCAGCUUCUCGCCACCGGCCUGGAUGGGAGCGCCGCGUGACCACACCAACGGCUCGGCCACGUCGGACGACCUGUUCUGGAAGCUGAACGCUCUGCAGAUGUUCGUGGUGGACCUGCACUGGCCUGAGGAGCAGUUUGCUCAACAUCUGGAGCAGCGGCUCAAGCUGAUGGCCAGCGACAUGAUGGAGGCCUGCGUCAGGAGAACAAAAUCUGCUUUUGACGCCAAAAUGCAGAAAGCCAACAAGUCGACGGACUUCCGAGUGGCGCUGUGCGUGUGCACCAUGCUGAACGUGCUGAUGGACGCCAAGAGACACUGCUCCACCCUCUGUGUGCUGGACACUGGACAGGAGCAGACAGACAAACAAUGGCAACAGUACCACUCCAAAAUCGAUGUCCUGAUCGAUGAGGCGUUCAAAGACAUGAUUUCUUCUCUGGUCUCUAAGUUGUCGGCGGUCCUCGAUGGCGUUCUGUCCAAACUGUCCAGAUACGACCAAGGCACCUUCUUCUCCUCCGUCCUCUCCUUCACGGUGAAAGCCGCCGGCAAAUACGUGGAAGUGCCCAAAGCAGGAAUGGACAUGGCAGACACCUACAUCACAUUCAUACGACUCAAUCAAGACAUCCUUCGUGAUUCCAUCAAUGAUGAACUCUACUUGGAAAAAAUCUUUGAUCAAUGGUACAGCAGCAGCAUGAAGAUGCUGUGUGGGUGGUUGACGGACAGGUUGGACCUGCAGCUUCAUCUCUACCAGCUGAAGACCCUCAUCAAGAUGGUGAAGAAGACCUUCAGAGACUUCCGCCUGCAGGGUGUGUUGGACACCACCCUCAGCAACAAGAACUACGAGAGCGUCUGCAACCGCCUGGCACUGGAGGAAGCCACUGUGGCCGUCAAGGCAGGCGACGCCUUGCAGGGGAUCAGCAUGAGGGACAGUGAUGAAGAUGACUGAACGACUUCAUCGUCACGUCUGUAGCCACACCUUCACCAUCGUCACACCUUCACCUUCAUCACACCUUCACCUUAGUCACACCUUCACCUUAGUCACACCUUCACCACACCUUCACCAUCGUCACACCUUCACCUUCAUCACACCUUCACCAUAGUCACACCUUCACCAUAGUCACACCUUCACCAUCGUCACACCUUCACCUUCAUCACACCUUCACCUUCAUCACACCUUCACCAUAGUCACACCUUCACCAUAGUCACACCUUCACCAUCGUCACACCUUCACCUUCAUCACACCUUCACCUUCAUCACACCUUCACCAUAGUCACACCUUCACCAUAGUCACACCUUCACCAUCGUCACACCUUCACCUUCAUCACACCUUCACCUUAGUCACACCUUCACCUUCAUCACACCUUCAC